GUCCCUCUUCCCCCGGCUCCGCUCGCCCCACGCCUUCCGGGUUCUGGGGCCUCACCAUUCUCAGCCCGGAGCGCGCCACUCGCGUGUGGUGGAGAUCCCGGGCUGGCGCUGCCUGGAGGCGGGAGAGCAGCCUCGUAGCAAAGAGAAGAGUUUCCUUCGCAGGGAAGUCCGGGACUCGGGUCGUAUGAAUGGGUGCUGGCCUGCGACUCGCGCGCUGGGGAGACUCGCAGAUUGUUGUUGGUAUCGUGGAUGAAAAUUCUCUGCGUGUUGUUAAGAAACUUGGGCACUUCUUAUGGCAGAGGCGGGGAGUUGAUGGGCCUUAAAAACUUACUCAGAAGAACAAAAGAGCCUUGCACCUGGAUCAGGCCAGUGGCCCAUCUAGUUCAGCGUCCUCUUCUCAAGGUCGCCAGCCAGAUGCCCCUUCUGGGAAGCCCACAACAGGCAUAUUGUAUACUUGUCGUUCACUGCUUAUAGGGUGUUUUGUUAUGCUGUUUUAUGCCUGAGGCUAAAGAACAAUGUCUCGUGUCCCUUUGGGGAAAGUCCUUCUGCGAAAUGUCAUUCGGCACACCGAUGCACAUAACAAGAUUCAGGAAGAGUCAGAAAUGUGGAAAAUACGGGAAAUGGAAAAGCAGAGCAAAGAUGUACAGUGGAGCAAGGACAAGAGACUGCUUCCUAAUUGUUCCAGCAGCCGAAUGCGUAGCGAUGGGUUUGAUGAGGAGACCCAGCAGGCCAACUGGAAGGCAAGGAAUUUGGCCCCUGUGUCAGUGACAAUGGAAGAUGACCUCCAGCAUGUCCGAUACUGGAACAAGAAGCUCUACGAACAUGAAGCGAACAUGCCAGACAGGUGGGGCCACAGCGGCUACAAAGAGUUGUAUCCAGAAGAAUUUGAUACAGAUAGUGACCAAGAGCGAGACGAACAAAACCCUGUGAAUGGGAAAAGAAAGUCCCAGCCGGGCAAACUUUCUCCUUUGGAGUUGCCCAAAAGGAAAAAGCCCAAAAAGUCACACAAGAAGCAGAAAAAGAAAUCUCACAAGAAGCGAAAGAAGAAGAAACAGGAGCAGCCGAGUGCAGCGGCAGAUUCUUCUCGGGAAUCCGACUCCUCGGAGCGAGACGCCGGCAAGAGAAAGCGGAAGCGUCAUAAAAAGGCCAAGAAGAGGUCAGCAAGGGCAGCCCCCCCCUCUUCCUCGGGGCAAGACAGUGACUCCAGCAAGGCCAGCAGCUGCCCCUCCAGCAGCUCUGAGGACAGUGAGCCAGAGGAAAAACAGGAGAAGCAGCCAAAGAAAAAGAGGAGGAAACGCCAUGCGUCGCUCUCGGAAAGCUACGCUGAAAAGGUGGAAGAGAAGCGCAGCAAGAGGAAGAACUGGAAAGUGGCUGCUGAUGAGAAUUCAGAGGAUAGUUCGGACGAGGACUAGCAAAAAGGGACCAGCAUAGUGUGUGUGGUGGUGGGUAAGGGGCUUAUUUUCUGGGAGAAGAGAUUUUGCCCCUAGGAACAUAUAAUGAUCUGAACUGGCUGCGUAACAGUUCUGUGAUCUGGACGCUGCAGAUCUUGGUUACUCCCAGGGGGCUUCUCUUCAGUUUCACGCUGGUCAGAAACUAGUCAGGAAAGAAGCGUUCCUGGCCAAGGCUCCCGUUUGCCCACCCCAGGCUCUACCUGAAUAACAGUUUGUUUGUGACAAUGUGAAACCUUAACCCACAAAAGAAGGGAACUGUGUCCCCUUUGCUUUUUAAAAAAACCUAAAAAUAAUCUAUUUUUGAUGGCCAAUACCAACAUUUAAUUGCAAUAAAGAAGAGAUGAGACUCUUCUCAAGCUGCAAGCCUGCGUUUCCCACCUUGAGUAGUUAACCCAGAUGGUUGUGUACAAGAUGUAGCCAACCUAGGUUCAAACAGGGCCUACUGUGUGGCCCAGAGAGCUAUCCAACCACGCGCUGGUGUGAGGUUAGGUGUAAACUGCCUCUGCUAGCCAUUUUGUGGUUAGAGGAAGGUUAUAGUCAUCCCACCUCUGCAAGAAUACGCUUGCCAUUCUUUCUGGUAAAGUGGUUGCUGCCUUUGCUGGGAGCUGCCUGGCUCUUCGGGUUUGUCAUACAAGCCAUCGCUUGUUGCAAGCAAACAAACAAAAAUCCACUACCAAGCAGAUGCCAGUCAGCGAACAACAGAGCAGAUGGAGAGAGAACCGGACUGGGGAUUCCUGUAGCAAUGUUUAUACAGUUAGCAAGAGAAGUGGCUUCUCGGUUGCAUAAUGGAAAGAGGCUGUUGGGACUUUGCUUCUCCUCCCUUCCCGGCAGUUCUUGCUAGGACACUUUAACUUGCAGAUUCAGAAGGAACCGUGGUGUAAGUCAGGCAGGGAGAGCCCAUGGCUCUCCAGAGGGUGGUUGACUACAUCUGACCAUUGGCCGUGCUGGCUGGAGCUGGGAGUCCACAAAUAUCUGGAGGGGCACAGGUUCCACAUCCAUGGUGUAACUAGUCAGCUGUGGCUUGGCUUUCACGCAAACCAUGUUUCAGACCUGCAUGGCAAUGUGUUAGGUGGCUGCAGAAGAGGUGGUGGAGUUGUUGUUCUCUGUAAGGCCAGCUCAUUGUAUAGCUAUGUGUGUCGUGUAGAUGCCAUCAUUCCUUCUUUAACAAAAGGGACCAUUGCAAACUCAAGGAACUAACUCAGGAUAAGGGGGUGGGAGUUAACCAGCCGCCCUUCCAUGGUCACAUACUAUCUUCUUUCUCACAGUAACUUUCUUCUGGAGUUUUGCUUCAUCAGCGAUUCGGCCCACCUCCCUCCACGAACACAGUUGUGUCGCCUCUUCCCGUAUCUUAUCUAUGGAAUGAUGCUGUUCCAAAGAUAACAAUGCCCAGCUUUCAGUCCUGUGUUGCGGUACUAGUAUAUAAUACUUAUUUUUGAAAGCAAUUCUAAUGUGUUGCUAUGACCAGCAAAGCAACUGAAGUUAUUUCCAUAAAACUAAACUCUUUUCUAUAUAUGUGCAAUAUACUGGGAUGAAUAAAUUCAGAGGGUUGAUUUCAGCCAACAACAGCCAAAGUGGGGAGCCUACAGUAGUAUUUCAAAUUUUACACACCAUUGCCAAUAUGCAUUAAUGAUACACUAGACAGAGGUUGCAUGGGACGGGGGCAUAUUUAAUUUAGUGGUAUUAAAGCACAGUGAAAGGACUAGGCCUACAGAAUGAAACUUCAGAUUAAAAAUGGCACCCUCCCUAUAAAUGGAGUCCCAGCUGCUGUUUUGGGGGGAGGGGAUGAGGCAGAGUUGCUGGCCUUUUCAAGUACAAACCAGGCAAUCUUAACUUACACCUACAGAACAGAGUCUUUGGCUUCCCCUAUUGCACAGAUCUAGAAAGCACUGUUUGAAAAUAACCCCCCCCCCCCACACACACACACAAUGCCAGAAUUUGUUUGCACGGAUGAGAUGUGCUUAACAGGCUCACAGGUAUUAAAAAAUAGUCAUUCAUGAAGAAAACUGUUUCAAUACCAAUUAGCAUGCCCACAGAACAGAAUUAAACUAGUACAAACCCCAAAGUGGGGAAUCGGAUGUCUGAAUGGGUUUACAUCUUAACUAAUCGUUAUCAGUAGUUACAAAUUAUAGUUUAGUUGUAAAGUGACGGCGUUUUUCUAUUGUCUGUCAAACCAAGAGGAGGAAGGAGCCUUCCUGCACAGGCAGGCUCUAUAAGCUGCAAGAUCCCUCAUGAGGCUAAUAAAUAGGGCCCCCAAAGACAGCUACCGUAGGAAUAAGUUUGCAAAUACUCCAAUAAAACACAGUUUUCUAGCAUUUCCUGAAGACUUGAGAGACUUUUAAAAGCAAGCUAUUUAUCACAAGGGCACGACUUAUCCCUCUCUUCCUGCAUUGGGAAGAAAUCAAAAGCAGUCAGCUUCUGCUCUAUAGGCUCAACUGGUUUAGACAAGUCUUGAUCUAUUAGCCUGCAUGUAGCCAAGAUCUGGUUCUACAUGACCUGGUCUAAUGCCACUUGGGAACAGACAGUCUUGCAUGAAUGGCUCUUCAAGCAUUUCUGCCCUGAGGAGGGACAAAAGGCUGGGUACUGUUAAGCCCAUUGACCAAAGUGGACCUUUGUGGGGCAGUCAGUGGCCUCCUUUCUGUAGUAUUUGUGCAAAGCGAUUGGUGAUGGACAGCGUAGUGUCUAUGAAGCUGUUGACACAGUUGGCAAGGCAAGUUUCUGUUCUGGAAUCCAGCUUGGAACCUGGCUUGUCGACACAUUUAUCCCAGCAGACCUCCAUGAAGUUGUGAACCUGAAGCAGGGAGUGGCAGAGGGAAGAAAAGCACGGAUAUGAGAAUCUGUGAGCAGCAGGAGCUUUUUUACAGCAUGAUUCAUCAGGACCGGCCUUCUGUUCUACUCAUUUCUUUUACCAUGGCACGUGUCUGGAACCCUCUGGUUCAGUCACAAAAGAAUCCCCGCUGCCCUCUCCAGCUUGGGGUGUGCCAUAUGUGUGUGUGAGCAGAUAUCUCCUGCAGUUGUGUUCAGGUUUAGACAGCACAAUGCAUGCACGGAAGAGAUCUAAACCCUCAGAAGAUGGAGGUGGCUGUUUGGGCGAUGGGUGGCAGAGACCCUUUGAGUCUCUCGCCUACCUCAAAAACAAACCAAAAUGUAUGGGUUUAGUGGGUAAAACGAGGACAUUUGAAGCAACUUCCGAUUUCAGAAACACAUUUAAGGGGGGAUGAUCUGGGUAUGUAAACUUCCCCACAAAGUCACCUAUACAGCGUGUACACAAGGCUACAUUCAUACCCAACAGCCAUAGUGAUCACAACAACCAGAGACCAAGUGAGCAGAGUCCUCCCCCCCAUUGACAGACAUGCAUGCACU